AUGUCCGUCGCACGAAGGACGAGAACUCAGCACGGAGUCAUUGGGCUUGCAGGACGGCGAAUCGAGGUCUUUUUUGCACAAUUCAAGAGACAAAAGUUCAAGUUCGGUAUCCGAAGUUGUAGCCUUACUGUUGGAACCAAUGCGUUCAACCAAGUGCUGCAAGAGUUUAUGCAGGAGAAGAAGAAAAUAGAAAAUGGAAAACAUCCGGAAAAAAGUGUAGAGAAAGCGAUGUGCACUGAGGCGCAAAGAGAAAGGAGGAAGGAGACAAUUGGAAGGAUGCUCCAAGACCGGUGUGUCAGGCUGUUCGAGGCGGGCGGGAAGAUUCGUCAAUCUGCCACUUUAGGCCGCCUCGGCCUCAGAACCCCACUUGCCCGGUGGGCACCCUCGCCCAAGCCCACCAGGCUCAAUCACACCCCCGACACACAGUCCCCUCGAGGCACAGCUGUCUGGCUUGUACCGUGUGUCCUUUCGUCGCGUCAACGAGGCGCCAAGUCGAGUGUGGACCGGUGCUGGAGAGGCGUGACGUCGGAGCAGACAUCCGCAAAACCGAGCGGGGCUCGACGCAUGCAGAGACGACAAUCACUUGAAUCCCACCACAACGUGACAUCCAAUUCAACCACAGUCCCCAGGACUAUUCAGCGCAGAGGGCCCAGGAACGCGAUGCCGAUCUUCUUUGCUGCGAGAAAGAGGGACAGAUGA